AUGAGCAUGAUGAGGGAGUUAAGCUUCUUCUUGGGCCUUCAAGUUCGUCAACUUGAAAGAGGCACCUACACCAACCACGUGAAGUAUACAAAGGAGUUGGAGAAGAAGUUCGGCAUGGAGAGGUUCUCUCCUGCCUCAUCACCUAUGAGCUCAUCGAUCAAACUUGAUAAAGAUGAAGAUGGUCAAAGAGCUGUCAUCACUGCCUGUCGUGGGAUCAUCGGCUCUCUACUCUAUCUAACAACAAACAGGCCAGAUAUCCUCUUCGUUGUUUUUGAUUCCAAUUUCAAUUUGAUUAGCUACUUUGAUGUAGACUAUGCAGAUUGUAAGGUGGACAAGAAGAGCACUAGUGGAACAUGUAAAUUCUUUGGUGAUCAUCUUUACUCCUGGUAUAGCAAGAAGCAGACCUCCAUAGAAACCUCAACGGGUGAAGCGAAGUAUCUAGCAGCUGGGAGCUAUUAUGCUCAGUUGUUAUGGAUUCAACAAUAG